AUGUCUGAUCACGGGGAAGUCGAGGUCGAAAACCCUUCUGGGGCUUUCCAGGCUCUGCCUAAGGACGCUCUUGCCGAGAUGGGCACCAUCAAGCUGUUCAACAAGUGGAGCUACGAGGAUGUUGAGAUCCGGGAUAUCUCUUUGACGAUCGGGUUGACAGACGCGAAUUUGCUGACUCGGAUUUACAAAUAUAGCGACUACAUCCAGAUCCGCAACCCCGUCUACAUCCCUCACACUGCCGGUCGUUAUGCCGCUAAGCGUUUCCGCAAGGCUCAGUGCCCCAUCAUUGAGCGCCUGACCAACUCUCUCAUGAUGAACGGUCGCAACAACGGCAAGAAGCUCAUGGCUGUCCGCAUCGUCGCCCACGCUUUCGAGAUCAUCCACAUCAUGACCGACCAGAACCCUCUCCAGGUCGCUGUUGACGCUAUUGUCAACUGCGGUCCUCGUGAAGACAGCACUCGUAUCGGUUCCGCCGGUACCGUCCGUCGUCAGGCCGUCGAUGUUUCUCCUCUCCGCCGUGUCAACCAGGCCAUCGCUCUCCUGACCAUCGGUGCUCGUGAGGCCUCUUUCCGUAACAUCAAGAGCAUUGCCGAGUGCCUGGCUGAAGAGCUCAUCAACGCUGCCAAGGGAAGCUCCAACUCUUACGCCAUCAAGAAGAAGGACGAGCUCGAGCGUGUUGCCAAGAGCAACCGGUAA